AUUACGAGUUUAUAGAAGGUACUCGAACUCACCAUCCGAUUCCCUCUGACAGUUUCGGCAUCGUAUCGCGAUAAAGAACCUCGGAGGUAACGCAAGUAACAUGGCGGAAGAGGAGGUGGCCAAGCUGAAGAAGCACCUGGCCCUGCUCCGGCAGGAGUAUGUGAAGAUGCAGCAGAAGCUGGCCGACACGGAGCGUCGGUACGCCAUGCUGGCAGCCCAGGCGAACAGCCAGGGCGCCAUCAGCCCCAACGCCCCACCUUCCGGGGACACCUUCAUCAGCCGUCUCCUGGAGAUAGUGUGUGAGCUCUACCAGCAGGAGCAGUACAGUGAUCUGAAGGUGAAAAUCGCAGGAGAGCGACUCCAUGCCCAUAAGUUUGUGUUGGCCGCUCGCACUGAUGUGUGGAGUUUGGCCAACCUGGCCUCCACAUCAGAUCUGGACCUAUCUGAUACCAAGCCUGAGGUCGCCAUGGCGAUGUUGCGCUGGGCCUACACGGAUCAGCUGGAGCUCAAUGAGGACGACGUCUUCCUGGUGGACUUGAUGAAGCUCGCCAACCGCUUCCAGCUGCAUCUUCUGCGAGAAAGGUGUGAGAAAGGAGUGAUGUCCUCUGUGAAUGUGAGGAACUGUAUCCGCUUCUACCAAACGGCAGAGGAGCUCGAUGCCACCACGCUGAUGAACUACUGCGGGGAGAUCAUAGCCAGCCACUGGGACGACUUGAGGAAAGAGGACUUCAGCACCAUGAGUGCCCAGCUGCUCUUCAAGAUGAUCAAAUCCAAAACGGAGUUCCCUCUCCACAAAGCCAUCAAGGUGGAGCGCGAGGACGUGGUCUUCCUUUACCUGAUAGAGAUGGACUCGCAGCUGCCCGGGAAGCUGAAUGAGCUGGACAACAAUGGCGACCUGGCGCUGGACUUGGCGCUCUCUCGCAAGCUGGAGAGCAUCGCCACCACGCUGGUCAACAACAAGGCCGACGUGGACAUGGUGGACCAGAGUGGCUGGAGCCUGCUGCAUAAAGCCAUCCAGAGAGGCGAUGAGUUCGCCUCCACCUUCCUGAUCCGCCACUCGGCCCAGGUGAACGCGGCCACGGUGGGGGCGGUAGAGACGCCCCUCCACCUGGUCUGCUCCUUCAGCCCCAAGAAGCACUGCGCCGAGGUGAUGAGCGGCAUGGCCCGCAUCGCCGAGGCUCUGCUCAAGACCGGCGCCAACCCCAACAUGCAGAACAGCAAAGGCAGAACCCCGCUGCACGAGGCCGUGGCGUCGGGGAACGAGCCGGUCUUCAGCCAGCUCCUGCAGUGCAAACAGCUGGACCUGGAGCUCAAGGACCACGAGGGCAGCACGGCGCUGUGGCUGGCCCUGCAGUACAUCACGCUGGCCUCCGACGACUCCGUCAACCCCUUCGAGGACACGGCCCCGGUGGUGAACGGCACCGCCUUCGACGAGAGCAGCCUGGCCGCGCAGCUCAUCCAGAGGGGCAGCAACCCCGACGCCCCCGACCUGGGCACAGGCAACUGUCUGAUGCAGAGGGCGGCCAAGGCGAGCAGUGAAGCAGCCGCACUCUUCCUGGCCACCCAUGGUGCGCUGGUCAACCACGUCAACAAGCUGGGCGAGACCCCCCUCCACACGGCCUGUCUGUGUGGUCUGGCCGGCCUGACUGCGGAGCUGCUGCAGCAGGGGGCCAACCCCAACCUGCAGACCCUCAAGCCCCCGUCCGAGGACCCCCCUGCCCUGGCCCUCCAGAGCCCCCUGCACAUGGCCAUCGCCAACAACCACCCGGACGUGGUCUCCGUCAUCCUCGAGCAGAAAGCCAACGCCCUUCACGCCACCAACAACCUCCAGAUCAUCCCCGACUUCAGCCUCAAGGACUCCAUGGACCAAACGGUGCUGGGUUUAGCCCUGUGGACAGGCAUGCACAACGUCGCCGCCCAGCUGCUGGGCUCCGGGGCCUCCAUCAAUGACACCAUGGCCAGGGGGCAGACCCUGCUGCACAUGGCCAUCCAGAGGCAGGACAGCAAGAGCGCCCUGUUCCUAUUGGAGCACCAGGCGGACAUCAACGUCAGGACACAGGAAGGUCAGACGGCGCUGCAGCUGGCCAUCAGCAACCAGCUCCCCCUGGUGGUGGAUGCCAUCUGCACGCGUGGAGCCGACAUGUCGGUGGUGGACGAGAAGGGGAACCCGCCCCUUUGGCUUGCCUUGGAGAACGGCUUAGAGGACAUUGCCUCGACGCUGGUGCGACAUGGCUGUGACGCCACCUGCUGGAGCGCGGGUCCCAGUGGCUGCCAGCAGACUCUCCUCCACAGGGCUAUAGACGAGAACAACGAGGUGUCCUCCUGCUUCCUCAUACGCAGCGGCUGUGACGUGAACAGCCCCAGGCGGCCGGGCCCCAACGGGGAGGGGGACGAGGAGGCCAGGGACGGCCAGACCCCCCUCCACCUGGCGGGCUGCUGGGGCCAGGAGGAGACGGUGCAGUGCCUGCUGGAGUUCGGAGCCAACGUCAACACGCAGGACGCCGAGGGCCGUGCGCCGAUCCAUGUUGCCAUUAGCAACCAGCACAGCGUCAUCAUCCAGCUGCUCAUCUUGCACUCGGACAUCCGCCUCAACACCCGCGACCGGCAGGGCAUGACGCCGUUCGCCUGCGCCAUGACCCACAAGAACAACAAGGCCGCCGAGGCCAUCCUCAAGAGAGAGCCCGGGGCUGCAGAGCAGGUGGACAACAAAGGGCGUAACUUCCUCCACGUGGCGGUGCAGAGCUCGGACAUCGAGAGCGUGCUGUUCCUCAUCAGCGUCCAGGCCAACGUCAACUCCCGCGUGCAGGACUCGGCCAAGCAGACGCCCCUUCACCUCGCCGUCCAGGCCGGCUCGGAGAUCAUCGUCCGCAACCUGUUGCUGGCUGGGGCCAAGGUGAACGCACUGACCAAACACAGACAGACGGCUCUGCACCUCGCCGCCCAGCAAGACCUCGCUACCAUCUGCUCCGUGCUGCUGGAGAACGGGGUGGACUUCGCCGCGGCUGACGAGAACGGCAGUAAUGCUCUGCACCUAGCUGUGAUGCAGGCUCGACUGAACAACGUCCGAGUGCUCCUCACAGAGUCCAACGUUGACGCCGAAGCCUUCAACCUCAGGGGUCAGUCGCCGAUGCACGUCCUGGGGCAUUAUGGGAAGGAGAACGCUGCGGCCAUCUUUGAGUUGUUCCUGGAGUGCAUGGCCGAGUAUCCCCUGGACAAACCGGACAACGAGGGCAACACGGUUCUGCUGCUGGCCUACAUGAAGGGAAACGCCAACUUGUGCCGCGCGAUAGUUCGGGCCGGCGCACGCCUGGGGGUCAACAACAACCAAGGAGUCAACAUCUUCAACUACCAAGUGGCCACCAAACAACUCCUCUUCCGCCUACUAGAUAUGCUGACCAAAGAGCCCCCGUGGUGCGACGGAUCCAACUGCUACGAGUGUGCUAACAAGUUUGGCGUCACCACACGCAAGCAUCACUGCCGCCACUGUGGGCGCCUGCUCUGCCACAAGUGCUCGAUCAAGGAGAUCCCCAUCAUCAAGUUUGACCUCACCAAGCCCGUGAGAGUGUGUGACAUUUGCUUUGAUGUCAUGACGUUGGGAGGGGUGUCCUAGGGUGCACUUGGCUCUGGCUAACCCCGCCACCCCACCCUCCCACCCGAGGCUCAGAGGUGAACUUGGCAAGGGGCCCGUAUAGCAAGGACGACAGUAGCGGGGGGACCUCUUCAUAUCCUUGAACCACCGCCUGCACACUAUUAUACUCUUCUAGAAAUGAUCAAUGUUCCGGAGGGACUCCCCCAAGUAGAAGUUGAAACAAAAAUUGUCUUUUUGUGUGUGUGUGUGUGUGUGUGUGUGUGUGUGUGUGUGUGUGUGUGUGUGUGUGUGUGUGUGUGUGUGUGUGUGCGUGUGCGUGAUCCUAUGCGAGAGUAUGAGAAGCUUGUUGCCAGUUUUGGCAACAGGUUGAACAAGUAUGCGUGGAAUGGGACGGUUUUACGAUUGUUUUUUGUUGGGCUAAACAUCUCAAGUGCUUUUUUCUUUUUUAUGGAUCAUGAAACGAUUAUGAACGUGUGCGCGGACCAUCACAUCCGCCUACAGAGAAGGAGGCCCUCUUUUCUGUUGAGUCAUCACUUUGGAGGAAACAAACUGCCCAUGGAUACUACCAUAUAUAAUCGUUUCAUAGACUGCAGGGUUCAGCUUUGAAUUAAAAUCCCCUUGAGAUUCCUCCUCAGGGCUCUUAGCAUUUAUUAAGCAUCCACUCAUAAGCCUUCAUCUAUACGGCCAUCGUCAUUUCCUCAAGCAGAUGUUGUCUGAACAGAUGCGAAAGUAAACGCACAGUAUGUGAGAAACGAAAAACAAAUGUUCUCAGAUAUGGUUCAGCUCCUCCUUGAACCAGUUUAUAAUAUUGUUUUUGAACAAAAACAAAACAAUGUAUGGCACUACAGUGGCAGAGACCAACGCUUGCAUAAACAAAUGGCCGGUUUGCACAUAUACUGCAACCAUACUGUCAGAAACCCUAUUCCAAUUUGAUAAAAUGGUUAAUCUUAAAACGUUUUUUAAAUAAUGGGUUUCCAGUUUGUAAACAGUCCAGAAAGGAAAUCUCAAUAUAAUCCAAAUUAAAUCUCAAAAACCGAUUAUGCCUUUAGCAUGUCAUUAUUUUUAGCCUUCAAAUCUUGUCAUAAUCAUAAUAUAUACAUAUAAAUAUAUAUGUGCUUUGCUCACAAAAGGAUUACAUUCCAUUUUUAUCGGCCUCUUACGGGGUUUGUGUUGUGAUUGGUCAACACAAGCCUCUGAUUGGCCGAGUCCAGUCGUCUUGAUCACGUUUUAAUGCUUCUUGAUUGCUUGGCCUAACAGGUGCACUUUAUCAAGAGGACAUUUUGGAUCACUAAGGAGAUUAAGUGGCUGAGGGGUGGCUUGGAGAGGGGCCGCUUUAGGUAUUGUUAAAUUGUACAGAUAAAUGUGAUAUUUUUGACCACUACAACUGUUUUGUACCUAAUGCAGUUUGUGCUUGUCAUUGUGACAAACUUAAAAAAAAAAAAAAAAUCUUGGCCUCUGUUAAUCUUUUAUGCACAUUGUUUAAUCUUUUAUGCACAGUGUAUUGUAUCUGUAUGCUCAGAUAUCUAGCCUGUUCCUCCCUGUGUAUCCUUUUAGAGAACGGGAGGACAGAUUUACAUAAAGGUCAUCAGAACAAGAA